UGGUAAAGUCACCCAGUUCCUACUUUGUUCCGGUGUUAUAUGGUGGAAAGUGGCCAAUUCAAUAAUAUUGCGGUGCUUAAUAGCCUCUUGCUGCAACGACAUGCAUUUGCGCAUUGAAGAGGGUGGUUCUUUUACCUACAGAAUUCCUACGAAUCCCGAGAGAAACGUUUGCUGGAUGGAAGUAUUGUGUAGGAUUGAUUGCUUCUUCAGCGAGCAUGCAAGAAUUUGCUCUCGACACUUCAGGGAUGACGAUUUCCUGCUAGUGAAAGGUAAACGGAAACUGAAAAAAGAUGCGAUACCGAGUUUGUGUCUUAGUGAAGCUGAUGAAAACAAGCUUGUAAAUGCAAUCACAGCUAAAUGCACUGCAGUCCGCCGGUUGCCAUUCCGGGAUGUGAGAAACACAUAUUACGAUACACGACGCGAAUAUGCCUCCGGAAAUAUCUGUACUCGGUCGGACUUCGGCUCUGACAAUACUGUAGGAGUGAUUCAAGCACGCUUGGAGCAAGACCUAUUAGCAGGUGCCGGCGAUGAUCCAGUUAUAUUUCAACCGAAUUUGGAAGCUGGGUUGAAUCAAAUGCCUCUUGCGAACGGGCGACGAAUAUUGUAAUACCUAAAAUGACCAGAUUGAAGAUCAUGAUUGUUUUUUUUAUAUGUAUAUAUUUUUUAUGCGAACAAAAUCAAUGAAUAAAUUAUCGAAUGAUA